AUGGCGAGCAACAGCAGGAUGGAUUCGAGCCUGCCGCAGCAGCCCAACUUGCGAUUAACCAUAAUUGCGGCCGAUGGUUUAUACAAGCGCGAUGUCUUUAGAUUUCCAGAUCCCUUCGCUGUGGCGACCCUCGGCGGCGAACAGACCAAGACGACCACAGUGAUCAAGAGAACCCUGAACCCAUACUGGAAUGAGUGUUUCGACCUUCGCGCCAAUGAGGACAGCAUACUGGCAGUUCAGAUAUUUGACCAGAAGAAGUUCAAAAAGAAGGAUCAGGGAUUUCUGGGUGUCAUCAAUGUUCGAGUUGGAGAUGUAGUCGACUUCUCAGUCAAGGCAGAUGAAAUGCUUACUCGGGACCUGAAGAAGUCUACGGAUAACUUGGUUGUGCACGGAAAGUUGAUCAUCGGCCUUUCUACUAAUCUAGAUGCUCCCCCUCGAACCGUUGGAGGCUCACUCAAUGCAAGUCGCCCACCCCAAUCGACUAUGCAAGGAUCGACACAAGGAUCUGCCGCUCCUACUCCCCAUGCCUCCAAUGUCGUUUUGGCAAACGGCGCACUUGUAACAGGCCCUACACCCGGUCAUGCACCCGCUGCCGGCAGCGCUGGUUCGACUGCAAAUUCCCAGGGGAAUGGUACUGGGCCUCCCAGAGAGACCGGUACAUUCAACUCUUUCGAGGAUGCACAAGGAAGGCUCCCAGCUGGUUGGGAACGUCGGGAAGAUAACCUAGGCAGAACAUACUACGUUGACCACAAUACUCGGUCAACGAGUUGGAUCCGACCUUCUGCUGAAGGUACUGUUGAAACGCAGCGUACUGAACGUGAUGCAAAUACCCAAGUUGAGCGCCAAAGGCAUCAGAAUCGUACGCUCCCCGAAGACCGGACAGGUGCCAAUUCUCCGACUCAGCAACAACCUCCGGCAAGUGCAAGCCCAGCAGCAGCGGCAGCGGCAGCAGCAGCAGCAACAAAUUCUGCAACUAUGAUGGCUACUGGUGCCACCACGGCCGGUACUGGAGAACUCCCACCACUAUGGGAGCAAAGGCACACACCGGAGGGCCGAGCAUAUUUCGUGGACCACAAUACGCGAACCACCACCUGGGUGGAUCCAAGACGUCAACAGUACAUUCGCAUGUACGGCGGUCAAAAUGCGAACAACACCAUUCAGCAACAGCCAGUCUCACAGUUAGGACCCUUGCCAAGUGGUUGGGAAAUGCGACUUACAAAUACGGCGCGAGUGUACUUUGUUGAUCAUAAUACGAAAACGACAACUUGGGACGAUCCCCGACUCCCGUCUUCCCUCGAUCAAAACGUUCCGCAAUACAAGCGUGAUUUCAGACGCAAACUCAUCUACUUCCGCUCGCAACCUGCUCUCCGUAUUCUUUCUGGCCAAUGCCAUGUCAAGAUUCGAAGAUCUCACAUCUUUGAGGAUUCGUACGCCGAGAUCAUGCGUCAAUCUGCUACAGAUUUGAAGAAGCGACUCAUGAUCAAGUUCGAUGGAGAAGAUGGUCUGGAUUAUGGCGGACUUUCCAGAGAAUUCUUCUUCCUCUUAUCCCACGAGAUGUUUAAUCCCUUCUAUUGCCUUUUCGAGUACUCCGCCCACGAUAAUUACACGCUCCAAAUCAACCCUCACUCCGGUAUCAAUCCAGAGCAUCUCAACUACUUCAAAUUUAUCGGUCGUGUAGUCGGCCUUGCUAUCUUCCACCGCCGUUUCCUCGAUGCAUUCUUUAUUGGUGCACUGUACAAAAUGAUGCUCAACAAGGCGGUCUCACUUCCAGAUAUGGAGGGUGUGGACGCCGAUUUCCAUCGCAGUCUUCAGUGGAUGCUGGAUAACCCGAUUGAGGGUGUUUUAGAGCAGACCUUCUCCACUGAAGAUGAAAGAUUUGGACAAACUCAAGUGGAGGAUCUUAAACCUGAUGGUCGAGACAUCGAGGUCACAGACGAAAAUAAAAAGGAGUAUGUUGACCUCAUGGUCAACUGGAGAAUCAAGAAGCGUAUCGACGAGCAAUUCCAGGCUUUCAUUACUGGGUUCCACGAGCUUAUUCCAGCCGAGCUUGUCAACGUCUUCGACGAGCGAGAGUUGGAGCUGUUGAUCGGUGGUAUCGCAGAAAUUGAUGUGGAAGACUGGAAAAAACACACUGACUAUAGAGGAUACACCGAGUCGGACGAAGUGAUCAAGUUCUUCUGGCAAACGAUCAGAAGUUGGGACGGUGAACAGAAGUCGCGUCUUCUGCAGUUCGCUACUGGAACUUCUCGAAUCCCCGUCAAUGGCUUCAAGGAUCUUCAGGGAAGUGACGGGCCUAGAAGAUUCACUAUCGAAAAGGCGGGAGAGUUCAACAAUUUGCCGAAGUCGCACACAUGUUUCAAUCGGCUGGAUCUACCACCCUACAAGUCCCUAGAAACACUGCAAUCGAAAUUGACGAUGGCCGUUGAGGAGACCAUGGGCUUUGGGCAGGAAUGA